CUUUCAGCCUCUGACCGCCAGAACUCUGCCAGACAGACGGACUUGCCUUCACAAUGGCCUUCCUCAAAGAGUUCCUGCGGCAGUUGAUUCACCUGGACACACCUGAUGAAGCUGUUACAACAUACCAGGGAACAGUCACCCCUUACUCCCCCUUUAGCGCCAGCCAUGAUGCAGAGAUUCUGGACAAAGCCAUCAAAGCCAAAGGAGUGGAUGAGGCCACCAUCAUGGACCUGCUGGUGAAGAGGAGCAACAGCCAGCGGCAGGAGAUCAAAGCAGCCUACCAGCAAGCCUGCGGGAAGGCUCUGGAUGCAGCUUUGGCGUCUGCCCUGAGAGGGGACCUGGAGGACCUGGCGCUGGCCCUGCUGAGGACUCCAGCGCAGUACGACGCACAACAAAUGAAGAAAGCCAUGCAGGGUUUUGGAACAAACGAGGAUAUCUUGAUUGAGAUUCUGGCAUCAAGGACGAACAAGGAGAUUAGAGAGCUUAAGACAGCAUAUAAAGAAGAAUACCAAGCAGAGCUGGAGGAUGACAUCAAAGCAGAGACGAGUGGAGACUUCAGGACUGCCCUGCUUUCUCUCUGCAAGGCUAGCAGGAGUGAGGAUUACACAGUGAACAAGGCCCUGGCUGAUAGUGAUGCACAGGCUCUGUAUGAAGCAGGGGAAAAGAAGAGAGGGACUGACUGUAAUGUUCUCAUCGACAUCCUCACCACCAGGAGCGCCCCGCAACUCCGCAGAACCUUUAAGAGGUACACCAAGUACAGCAAGCUGGAUGUGUCCGCUGCACUCGACUCUGAGCUGCAGGGUGACAUCGAGGACUGCCUGACCACCAUUGUUAAAUGUGCUGGAAGUAAAUCUGCAUUCUUUGCUGAAAAACUCCACUCCUCAAUGAAGGGAUUAGGAACACGGACUAGCACUCUGAUCCGAGUCCUGGUGAGUCGAUCGGAGGUGGAUCUGAAGAUGGUGAAAGAGAAGUACAAACGGCAGUAUGGACACUCCCUGCAGCAGGACAUCAGGACUGAUGUUAGUGGUGAUCUGGAGGCUGUCCUGGUGGCUCUGUGUGGAGGUGAUAACUGAGCUGCAGGGAGAAGACACAGCAUGUUCAGAACCAGCAUUUCUCACAGAGAGUUAUAGUUGGGACAUUGGUAAUAGGACAUGUAUGGUGUUUUAUUAUAGUGUAGGCCAAGGUUACUCAGCAAAGGCACUGGAGACCAAGGUGGUUACAGACAGAUGAAUAUUACUUGAUUUAACAAAUCUAAGGCUGAUUUGUACCAGUUCUGAGGUCCAGAGCAGAAACUGUCUCAGGUGAUGGAUACUUUGGAGAACACAUUUAGAUUGACCAUUAAUUAUCGAAUAUUUGAAUCAUGCCCAGAAGCAGACGCACACACAGCAGAAAGUGUUGAUGUAGAGUGCAAAGAGGAGGCCUCUCUGGCUGGGUGUGAGUGUGUGAGUGGAGCUGACAAAGCUGCCAGACUGCAAGCCUCUAUGUGCCGAGGCAGGAGAUGCUGUGUGGAAAUAAAGCUUCUAAUGAAAC